AUGCCAAAGCCGAUUCAACAUGCAGAUGACUAUGAUAGUGAUCCAGAAGUUCAAGCGGAGAAAGAAAUGGCUAAGAAAGAUCCAGUCGGCUACGCUAUCGACGCCAAUUCGUUGGUUUCGCAGAAAAAGGCAGCUGUUGCCAAGGAGGAGAUGUCGACCACUCCACCAAAUCUCGUUAUCGCUGGAAAUGGCGGAGCUGGCUCAAUUGCCAAUGUUCCACGUAGUAAAUCUCAGGAUGAGAUUGCAAAGAAGCAGAAAACUGUGAAUCAAUCGAAGGCAUUGAAGAAGCAACGAUCUCGCGGAAUCUCCGGUUGCUCCUCUCGCAAGUAUUCAGGAUACGACGAUGAGGACUAUGAUAUGGACGACGAGGACUAUGACGUCCAAGAGGUGUUCGAUGAAGACGAGGAGGACAGCUACAUCAAGAAGAAUUAG